AUGAAAAGCUUAUCUGCGUGGGCUCUUUUGUCUGUGUGGCGCAGACCACGCGCAGACUUAAAGGUUUGCAGUGUGUUUGUUUUUCUGAAGUGCGCAGACAUAAAAACGUCUGCGCGAGGUCUUCACUACACAGACUUGGGCCAACAUCUUCUAACGUCUGCAUCCCCGUCGCCGAUUAGCACCCUCGUAGCCGCCUGCUCUCCGAUCGAAGGCAUCAGGCGCGCAUUUGACUUGUACAACGAUCGAUUCAGGCGACCAGCAUCGACCAUCGAGGCAUCCCCAUUGCCGAUUAGCACCCCCGUCGCCGAUUACCACCCUCGUCGCCGCCUGCUCUCCGAUCGAUUCAGCGACCAGCGAAGCGAACAGUGGUUCUCAAUCAAACACCCUUCCAGUUUUCUUCAAGCACUUCUCUAUUUGGAAUUUCCGCUCCAGCUUUUGGCAUUUGUGCUUCAAAGGGCAAAUCCGGGGCAUCCGAAGGCUGCUUCAUUGAGAACAAUUCCAAUGCCUUUUCCAGAUCUUUGUGCACGUCUUUUUGAUGGAAAUAGUGCUACUGGUAAUUUUAGGAGUUACUCAACCCAAUCAUCAUCAGUAGCUGGAGCAUCCUCUUAUAGUCUUCCACCACUUCAGAUUACUACCACCCCUUUUCAUGCAAUAGAUGAUGAUGGUGAACACACUUCCCACCAUGAGCCACCACCUUCUGCUGCUUCACCUUCUACUGCUUCACCUUCUGCCGCUCCACCUUCUGCAGCUUCACCUUCUACUGCUUCACCAUCUGGUAACCCCAACAAAAGGGCUAAACCCUCAACUCCUAUACCUCCUAGUGCCUCACCGUCUGCUUCUUCACCUGAUGGAACUUCUAUUACUGGCGACGAUUUUGCAUUAGAAAUGAAAAAAGCUUUACAAAGUUUGACUAAAGGGUAUACAAUCCCUCAAUGUUUAGAGAAGUUAGAGGUGCUUCAGUUAGGCCCCACCGAUCCUUUGCGCUUUGUUACAUAUCAUAUUUUUGGAGGAACCAUGAACAUGAGAGAGAUGUGGAUGCAUUUGCCCGAUGUUCCUGAGAUAUUACGAGGAUGGCUUGAGACGACGGGUACAAGUUUAGGAGUUUUGAAGGAUGGAAAGAUUGUCCGAUGAUUGUUCUAGUGUUGAAACUAUUUGUUAGGUCUUUUUGCCUUUGUUGGAACUAUUUUGUUAGGUCUUCUUUCUUUUCUUGGAACUAUUUUUUUGUUAUGUUGCUACUUGGAAUAUGGUUUAUCUAAUGUUUUUUUUGGUACUUGAAAUAUGAUUAAUGUAAUGUGUAUUUGCUACGUCAAAUAUAGUUUAUGUAUGUUUUUUUGCUACUUGAAAUAUGGUUUAUGUAAUUUUUUUUUCUUUUUUUUUUGCUACUUGAAAUAUGAUUAAUGUAAUGUUUUUUAAAGCUGUACUUUGUUGAUUUUAGGUUCAUAAUGGAUCACGAUCAAAAGUUACUUCUCGUAAUUCUUAUGUACCUGU